AUGAAACCUGAUACCAUUGAUGCUCCCGUAGAGUUCACUCAAAAACCAGAUACCAUAGACACACCAACUAUCUGUUAUGAUAAACCAAAUACAUACGACGAUGAUGACACUGACCAUGAGCAUCAGCAUGACAACAGUACUACACAUUUGCCUCAAGAGGUUAUUGAUGAUCUUAUCGUGAGAGCGGAAUUCGUGAAUGGCAAACGACCUCCCAUUCGGACAAACGAAGACGAAGACGAGCUCAGCGCUCGCUUAACAGCUACCUUGAUAUCUCGAGUGCCCUCAUCUACAACUGUGCUUAGUACAUCUUCCUCCAAUCCUGUAGUUGCAGUGAGCCCCAGCGCAUCAAGUGUCAGCAGUAAUAGUAGUAACACGAGCAGUGCAACAAGUAGACUUGCCUUAUUACAAAUACUCAAGAAGAAACCCAUGGAAGACAUGAUAAACUACGACCUACGCAAGCAUUCCUUGGCAAGGCCUCAUGAACAUGAUGUCUAUUUCAAAGGGACUAAAAUCCCUGCUUACAAAAAGGUGCAGCCUCAUUCCUACUCGUGGGGAUUUCAGAAUAUACUAUACCGUACGCCACUUAACAGCAGCAGCAGUACAGCAGAAAAGAUCAAGGUCGCAGAAGCAAGAAGGAGAGCUUUCAAGAAGGAGAUCACUGUAGAAUGGGGAGACUUUCCAGUGAUUUUAAAUGAAAAGGAUUACCUGCAAGAGGAGGAGGAUUUCGAUGAUGAAUCCACUGUGAUUACUGCGGGAACACUCAACACCACCAAGUCCAAUCAUCUACACAACCGUACCAACUCGCACUUACUAUUUACGUACGACACCGAAUUUGAGGGGUAUCGUAUUCGAUGGAAAAGAGCAAGUUUGUUGUCGCACGAUAUGGUGUGUCAGCUACGACCAGACAAACACUUGAAAGACGAAGACGAACCCAAAAAGAAGUGGCGUGUUAUUGCAGAAUUUGAUAGCCAUCGCAUGGGAUACUUUAUUCAUCUGGGCGAACUGAUUAUUGAUAAAAAUGCCUUGAAUUUAGUGGAAAGACCGGAUCACUUGGAAGCACACAUCAUUAUUACAUGCUGCACUUUGAUAGAUUUGAUGCGAGAAGUCGUAGAAAAAGCUGUGGGACUCAACAAAGGAGGUGUUGUUGGUAGCGAUUAG